AUGGAUGUUCGCGUGCAUGUUCGUGAAGAAUCUGGAGAGUCGGUCACUGCAUCACAACAGUCCUCGUCCACGGUGAAUACGAAUACCAACAGCUUAUCAAGUUCUGGUACUGCUUCAUCAUCAUCAGCAUUUUCCACUUCUGUUCCAAAUCGUUCUUCCGGUUCUCCAGUGUCUUCAAUGGAUACGACCAUAUCUCCUGGUUCUGUUGAAACUGAUAGGCCGAAGAAUCCUGUCAUUGCACAAAUGCCACUACUUCCGUCUAAAUCUGGCCUCAAAGUCACUAACGAGAAAGUGACAUCCGGGCCUGUUGCUAACGGAAAGGUGCCAGCAAAGCGGGAAAAGAAGCGCUCGACGAAUGUGUUCAAAAAGCUAUUCAGACGGAUCUUUGGAUCUUCUUCGUCUUCGCAUGCAUCAACGCCAUCUACAACAAACCAGAAGCAGAAAGAAAAAUCGUUUUCGAAGAAGUCUUCCUCUGUGCUGGAUUUUUCGAAGAGUCGCUUGGUUAAAGACUCAUCUUCUAAAGAGAAGAAUUCUGUGCAACCUUGUGGGAGGGCUCAAAUAAGACAUGAAUCUGAAGAAGAAGAAGAAGAAGAAGAUUCAUCGUCGAUAGGGCCAUUGACAGUAGAUUUGAGCAGCGAAAAUAGUAGUUUCAAUGGCCUUUUAAGCAUAGACUUACUACCAAAAGAUGAUGAAGAUCAUCAGUCACUAGUGCAUUCUCUCAAAUUGCAGUCUACUACUGAUAUUGAAAAAAAUGCCGAUAAUCAUCCAUCAAUCAGCAGUAGUAACAUCGAUGUGGAAGUUUAUGAGCCGCUUGGUGAUUUAGGUACGGAUGUUGAAUUGGACUACUUGUCUACUAUUAUUGGUUUGGGUGAAACUUCAUUCUUCAAGUCGGAUAAUUUGAAUGUCGGAGGAGAUGAAUCUGUUAAGAGUGCGGACGGCACAAUGAUUAGCAGGAGGAAAAGCAUGCGCAUCAAGUCCAUGAAUAAGAAGAGAUCUCUUAGUUAUCAUAGUGUUCAAGGAGCGAAGGUGCAAAAAGAGGUACGUGACUUAUCAGAGGUGCCGCGCAGUUUCGAUUCCUAUUAUAAGCACUACAAGAGCCGGCACUUUUGCAAUGACGGCUCUGAUUUCGAGAUACUCACGGAAGGGAAGCCAAAGGAACCGCUGGUUGGUGCUAAGCCUUUAAGAAGUUGUUUAAACCCAUCAUCAGCUCACUAUAAGCAGUCGCAAUAUGACCCUAGAUUCAAUAAUGGGUAUAUUUCUGGUCGUAGAUUGCGUCCCGGACGUUCAAUGGAUCCCAUCAACAGGAAGAAAACAAGAUCAGUGAAGUUUUCACAUAAGAUCUCCCUUAAUGAGACUCAUGCUCCAGGGGACUACGAAAGGUACAAUAUAAGAAUGAAACAGAUGUAUUCAUUUUUGGCCACACAUCCGCAGAAGGUGAGGUCUAUUCGGCACAGGCUGAACGAUUACAAAAAAUACGAAAUGCAUGUUCACGAGUUGAGCAAGAGGUAUACCCAUUUCUUCCAUAACUAA